GUAAGCUUAAUCUCCUUGUCGUCUGCUCUAAUGUUAUGAUUCGAGUUUUCUAAAAAUUUCUGUGAAUAAGUUGACUAGCGCUAAAUUUGCUGUUUGAUAAAUUUGCUGUGCUUAAAAUCUCAUUUAAAACCGUUUUAAUUUUUUAUCAUUUUGAGGUAUUCAACAAGACUACAAAAAAGUCAUGCAAUUUAACUCUAUUGUUCUGAUUUUUCCUGUUCUGAUGUGUCUCAUGAAAGAAGUAUAUUGUGCUACGAAUUACUAUGAUAUUUUGGGAGUGAGUAAAAGUGCAACAAACCGUGAAAUUAAAAAGGCUUUUCGUAAACUUGCCAUGCAGUACCAUCCAGAUAAAAACAAAGACCCUAAAGCUGAAGAAAAGUUUAGGCAGAUUGCUGAAGCAUAUGAAGUUUUGUCAGAUGAUCAGAAAAGAAGGGAUUAUGAUCGGUUUGGAAAAACUCCAUUUGGUGGAAAUGAUGGCAACCAGAAUAAUUUCCAUUUUAAUUUUAAUGAAUUCUUUAAUUCCUUUGACUCAUUCUCCUCAUUUGGAUCCCGAGGUAGACAUAAGAAUAAAGAAGGAAGCAAGUUUAAAUUUGGUUUUGGAGAAAACAGUUUCUUUAAUUUUGAUGAUUUAUUCUCUGAUUUUGAAGAAGAAUCUGAAAGUGCAGGAUGGAAUGAUUUUGGAGAUUUCUUUGGAAGCCAGGAUAGCUUUUUUGGUUCACAUUUUGGCAGUAAUAUGGCACAUGUCCACAGUCAAAAGAAAACAUUUAGUUCAGAUAAACGUUGCAGAACUAUAACUCAACGAGUAGGAAAUAUGGUUACGACGUACACUCAGUGCUCCUAGCUGUUAAAUUGUUUUGACCCAUGUUAUCUGCUUUUUUAAGUGUUUAUCUAUUGUUGAUAUUUAAUCACUGUGUAUAUCAUUUGUACAGUUUAAAUACAAUGAAAAGGAAUGGAGAGUAAUUAAAUCGUGUGCCAUGUAGAUCCUUUUUGUACAAGACAUCUAGUCAGAACUAUCUUAAUUUUUGAAUGAGAAUUUUAGCAUUAGUGAUAUCUGGCAGCAUAUCUUUUUAUUGAAAAAUUAUUUAUGUACAAUUUUGUAAUAUAUUGUUUAUAAAUUGUAAAUUUGUAAGCCAUUAAAAGUUUUGUAAGUUUUAAA